UCCCUCCUCAGGUCCUUCAGCGCGAGCAUCUUUACACAGCAGAGCACGCGGAGGCGUAAAGUAGAUCCUCUGACACCAGUGUUGAAGUGCCAAUCAGCAGCCAGCGCUCCAACAGGGUCAUUAUUAUUAAUUACAGUAUCAUUGAACGUGCUCGUGCUAAUUCCAGUCCGCCUGGAAAACAUGGGACUGGCGCGUCUCGCCUCAUUGUUGCUCCUCUGCUGCUCUCUUAUUCACACAAAUGCGUUGAUUACAUGUGGAACCCGGCAGUUCCAGUGUGGGAACGGUAAAUGCAUCACCACCAGAUGGGCGUGUGAUGGUACAGACGACUGUGGCGACGGCACUGAUGAACUCCCCGGCACCUGCUCGGCCAGAACAUGUAGAACGACAGAGUUCAGCUGUGCGGACCGCCUUAACCAGUGUAUACCGAGCUCUUGGCGCUGUGAUGGGAAAGCUGACUGUGAGAAUGGAGCAGAUGAAGACAGAUGUGUGCCAAAGCAGUGCAAAACUUCCGAGUUCCGCUGCGGAAAUGGCCAGUGCAUCUCGUCCUCGUUCAUGUGCGAUGAUGAAGCGGACUGUGACGACGGCAGUGAUGAGGCCUCCUGCCCGCCUGUGACUUGCAGUGCUUCCUCCUUCCAGUGCAACAACAGCAUUUGCAUCCCAAACCUUUGGGCAUGCGACGGUGACGCCGACUGUCCCGACGGCUCAGACGAGUGGCCGAAGAACUGUGGCACAAGAAGACCUGGAGCUACCCCUAUACAUCACUGCUCAUCCUUGGAGUUCAAAUGUGGCAGCGGAGAAUGCAUCCACAGUAGCUGGAAGUGUGACGGAGGUGCAGACUGCCAUGAUCGAUCGGAUGAAGCUAAUUGCGCCCGUCCCACCUGUCGCCCUGAUGAAUUCCAAUGUGGCGAUGGCACCUGCAUCCACGGAAGCCUCCAGUGCAACCAUCACAACAACUGCGCGGACAUGAGCGAUGAAACCGACUGUGUCAAUGCAACUCACUGCGAGGGCCCCACGAGGUUUAAGUGCCGCAGCGGAGAGUGUAUUAGCAUGGAGAGGGUGUGUGACAGACGCCGUGAUUGCAGGGAUUGGUCAGAUGAGCCUCUCAGGGAAUGCCGCAGCAAUGAGUGCCUGUACAACAAUGGAGGCUGCUCUCAUAUUUGCAACGACCUGAAGAUCGGCUACGAGUGCCUGUGCCCCGCUGGAUUUCGUCUGGUGGACACAAAACGAUGUGAAGAUAUCGAUGAAUGCGCCGAACCAGACACGUGCAGCCAGAUCUGCAUCAACCAGAUCGGCAGUUUUAAAUGUCAGUGUCAGGAGGGAUACCAAGUUGACCCAGCAACCAGAGAGUGCAAGGCCAUUGGUACAAUAGCCUACCUCUUUUUCACCAACCGCCAUGAAGUCAGAAAAAUGACUCUGGAUAAAAGCGAGUACACCAGGGUGAUCCCUCGUCUGAAGAACGUCGUAGCUGUCGACAUGAACAUGGCGAGCAAAGAGAUCUACUGGUCGGACAUCUCCCACAAAAAGAUCUACAAAGCUCCGAUGGACUCUGCUGAUGACACGUCACAUCACAGCACCCUCAUAAACAACGGCACUGACGCUCCUGAAGGCAUCGCCUUUGACUGGGUCCACGGUAACCUGUACUGGACUGACAGCAUCCGCAGCAGCAUCUCUGUGGUCACAGCUGAUGGGAGCCGCCGCAAAACUCUCUUCAGGAGAAACCUAUCAAAACCUCGCGCCAUUGUGGUCGAUCCACACAGGAACUUUAUUUACUGGACUGACUGGGGGAAUCCUGCUAAGAUAGAGAAGGCAGGUCUGAAUGGAGGAGACCGCACCGCUCUGGUUACCGACAACAUCGAGUGGCCUAAUGGGAUCACACUUGACCUGCUGAACCAGCGGCUUUACUGGGUGGACUCAAAGCUCCACACCCUCUCCAGUAUCGACGUUCAGGGCGGUGGUCGACACACCCUCAUCAUCGAUGAACAUAACCUGGCUCACCCUCUGGGUCUGACUGUGUUUGAGGAGAGAGUUUUCUGGACAGACGUCAGUAACAACGCCAUCCUCAGUGCAAACAGGCUGACGGGUGACGACAUUAGACCUGUGGCGGAGCAUCUGUCAUCACCAGAAGAUAUUAUUCUGUACCACAACCUCAAACAGCCUGCUGGUAGAAACUGGUGCCAGGUAUCCGGCUGUGAGUUCAUGUGUCUGGCAGCUCCACAGGUGGGCAGACAUCCUCCAAAAUACACCUGUGUUUGUCCAGAUAACAUGAUGCUGGCUCGAGAUAUGAGGACGUGUGUGCCUGCUGUUCCGACACCUGAAGCCCCCACGGAGCCUCAAGCUCCUGAAGUCAUCACGACUCCUCAACCAACAGAACCAGACACCACCACAGCCAAGCCUCAGAUCAACACCACCCCUAAGGUCCAGGUCCAGACAACCACAGUGCCCAUUAAGACCACCAGAGCUCCAACCAAGCCUCCCCUACGUACCACCAAAGCUCCUCUGAAGACCACCACACCUCAACCAAAGACCUCCCCACCAAAACCAGAAAAGUCCAAGACCGUCCAGACCACCACUGUGUCUCCAGUCACAACUACAGAAUCCAAACCGGAUUUUGCAGCAGUUAUCCCCAGUACUGCAUCCACUACCCCGCUGGCUCUCUAUAUCAUCUUACCUCUUGCGAUUGUUUGCAUUGUUGCUGUCGGAGGAGUGCUGCUAUGGAGGAACUACAGACUCAAGAACACCAACACAAUUCACUUUGACAACCCCGUCUAUCAGAAAACCACAGAGGACCAGGUUCACAUUUGGAGGAGCCACAGCCCUGAUGGUUACUGCUACCCAAAAAGACAAGCUGUGAGCCUCACUGAAGAGGCAGACAACCCAGCCUUCACAGAAAACUGAAAACAGGCCAAGGAGAGUGGGAAGACGAGCCUUGAUGAUAAGCUACUUUAGAGGUCCUUUUUGCAUUUUUACCUCACACUGCACAAAGAAGGGAGUCAAAGCCAGGACCAGAGAAACCAUUAUAUCCUCACAGAGAAGCAAGUGCUCUACAGUGAAGAAACCAGGGUGACCAAAUUGCACAUUUUACUUCUAUCAGGUUAACAAUGUAUUCCUCAACAAAUCAUACCAAAUCAGCAGACAAUCUAGCCUUUUUACUUUGUAUAACUGUGAUUCUGAUGAUAUUUUAUUGGGGGACUGUUAAAGCCACUAUUUGUCUUCUUUUUUCGUACGCCAGUUCAGCUGAGCUCUUUAUCACACAACUGUGAAUUUUCUUUGACUUUAGAGAGGUAGAAUUCACAAAUGAUUGUUGUAAAUAUCUCUUUUUGUUAUUUUUGUAGGUUCAUGGUACAAUAUUAACUGCCUUCCUGACUAUGUAAGUUUCUAAAUGCUAUACAUGAUGCUGUAGCUAGUUACCUGUUAGCGUUGCUAACUUUGAAAAGGAGGGAAACAGAAGAUUUAAGUUUCGUCUUCACCAAUCAGUUUGGUUCGGUUCAUUACAGUUUGGUAUGGGAAAUCUUCUUGUGUUUCCGCAGCAAACCAUUCCCUUUAAGAUCGGCGGAGGUGUUAGCCUAAUUGCUGUGGCGGUUACAUAAUAGCAGGGCAUCGUAAUUCUAAGAAAGUCUGGACCUCCAAGGUCGCCCAUGGGUGUUUUCAAGCAGUGUGGUUCCAGAAGUAAAAUUCCCCUUCAUUUUCUCCAUCGAGGAUUUGAUUAUCAGCCAUAUUGUUGGAAGUUUCCAAGUCAGACUUACCGAAAACAACCUGAGAGUAAAACGAUGAUACAUACUCCUGUAGAAGGCAAAAGUUUGCAAGUUAUCAACUCCUUUUUAAGAAAAUCAUAGUUUAAUCUUGAUCUCAGCCAGAAAAUACUACAACACCCACAAUGCAUUGGUGUCACAAUGACGUCUCUAAUGGGUGGGGUCUCAGGUUACUGUGAAAAUGUCUAGCAAGCCCAUGAACCAAGGCUGUCAACUAUUGAUGACAAACUAUGACAUGUGACAUUAUCAUUAAAAAUGUAGUCACUACAAUAGAGAUACUUGUCGAUAAAGGUUAACUCUAUGGUUUCAAAACAAAUAAAAUGAAUCCCAAUGGAUUGUGGGUUACGUAGUUUCAGGUAUGGUUCUACUGAACAGUAGCCACUAGCUAGUUAUUUCUAUCAACAUCAAAUUUCGGUCAGUAAUCUCUUAGCGUUUUUUACGUAUAAAUAAAAUUUCCGAUCAUUGUGGUUAUGAUCAACAUUGGAUUUAACAUCCUUAAAGGGAGUAUAGAUUUUUAGCAUUAUUUUUCUUUGGGAUUCUGAUGAUUUGACUGGAAAAACUGUAAAAGCCACUGUGUGUCUGUUUUUGUGUACGCCAGUUUAACUGAGCCCAUUAUCACACAACUGUGAAAUUUUAGAGACGGAGAAUUCACAAAUGAGUUUUUUUUCUAAAUAUAUAUAUUUUUGUUAUUUUUGUAGAUUAAUGGUACAAUAUUAACUGCUUUCUUAAACUCUGAAAACUCUAAAUGCUUGGCUCUAGCUGGUCAGCUGCUAGCCUAGCUAACGUUGAAAAGGAGGGAAACAUGAGAUAUAAGGUCUGUCUCCACCAAUCAGUUUAGUUUGGUUCAGUACAGUUUGGUAUGGGAAACCCUGAUCUUGCUUGUGUCUCCACAGCAAACCAUACCCUUAUAGGUCCACAUUGGACGUCUUUUGACUAAUCAAGGGACUGACUCUAAACCCCACCGUUUAGUCAGAUAAGUACCCUUUGUACCGUAACAGAAGGGUGCCAGAAAAGAAGAACGGUACGGAUCAGUUAUUCACCAGUAAAAUUAUGGAACCUGUUACCAAAUUUAACUGCGUGCUGUACUGUAGCAGACUAAACCAGACUGCUUGGAGGAGACUUACCGAGUGUGCCUGACUCUGUCCCAAUGCAACAAAAACUGGACAAGGAAAUAAAACAUAAAGCCAAGCAUUAUAAAUGUUAAACAGCUACAUUUGUGGUUUUAUUCAGUAAUGUUUAAACAAGAUUUAACAUUCUAUGACACAAAUUCUGUAGGUUUUCUUGUUUUUGUUACUUUAAGACAACGUCGGGCAACUUAAUUGUUGAUUUUCAUGCUAAGCUAUGCUACCCUGUUUCUUGCUUCAUGUACAUAUCUAAAAGACGGACGUAAAAAUGGCAUCAUACAGCUCAUCAAAAUGAGCUAAUCCGCUCACUUUUUAAAUUUUUAUACUCUUCAUUUGACCGCAAAGCUGUAGGAGAAAGCUAACAAACGUUAGCACGUCACGUUAGCAUGAAAAUAUUUCAAGUAAACACCAGCAUGAAAUGGCCAAAUAGUAUCAAUCAUGAUAAGUGGUCUAGGCUCUGAGAAGAAAAUUACAUAUUCAAAAGUGAAUUUUGAAUUUUGUUGCUGGUAGAUUUAGUUUCAUCUGGACAAAGCCAGGCUAGCUAGCUAAGCUAAGCUAAGCUAAGCUACACAAACCCUGUUGCCUUUUAAUUAAUUUCACCAAAAAAAGAUCAUGGUGUAGUCAGUUUUAUCAUGGAGCUCUCAGUGAAAGACACCUAUUCUCUAAAAAACAGUACACUUAUUUGACUGUGGAGCUGUAGCCAAGUGCUAACUAGCUCAGGUUAGCCUAAAACAUGUUUUAUAAACUUUUUUUUUUUUUUUUUAUUAGUUUAUGGACUGCUCAAUUACAAAACCACUUUUAUAGUAGUGUUAGUUUGACCAGAUUGGAUUUAAAAUCUUUAAAACUUAUCUUUGCACAAAGUUAGCAAAACUGGUAACUGUUGUUGUGUUUUUCGUGCUAAGCUACGCUAAUUCAUUUUAGUCAGCUUAAUUUUGCAAAAAACGAAAGGUUGAAGGGUGUUAUCAAUAUUAUCAAACAUCAGUGAAAUAAAAUUAUACUUAACCAUAACAUAGUGCUUUUCAUUGACUGGUGAGUUGAAGGGCUAGCUAGCUCAUGUUAGCAUAAAAUAUGAGCUAGAAAGCUCUUUAAUUUAAUAAUGUAAGGGUUUUACAGGCUGAUGGAACAAAAGCUAGCUUUUCCAAUCAUUUAGUCCGACUGGAUCUCACUUCUUUUAAGGGAGUCCAAUUUUGCAUCUGGCGUUAGCUCAUUGUGUAACCACAGAUAUGAGUUUUUUCUCAACUAGCUCUAAGCCAACAAAAUGACUAAAUACUUUCCCAAAUAUCAAAUUUCUCUAUCAGAGCCUGAUAUUUCACGGCCAUUCUGUUUUAAAGUUUAAUGAAUCGUUUGUCAUAAACUCAGCAUGUGCCAAGCUAACCUGUGUAACCUCAACAAGCCUGUUUUUGAGUUUUAACCCCGCUAUUGCCUCAGUAAUGGAGGGAAAAUAUCCUCCAAAGGGACCUAAAGACGCUGCUGUAGUUGACCUUAUAGAACACACACGACCGUACCGUGUUUUAGCCUUGAUUUAUCUGGUGAUAGCCUGCACCAUAUGGUCACAGCACGCUCCCAGCAGCUGUCUGCUGCUGGAGAGUUUCAGAUACUUUCCCCUGAUUUGUGUUCAUCCCGGUGUGCUGGAGGGCCAUCUUUAAAUUCUCCCUCUCUAUGCCUCCCCUGGGAGGGAGGGCCGGUACAUUCCUGAGAGCUUGAAAAGCUUUGAAACAACCACAUGUGACCAAUCAGGUCAACGCUAACGCUUCUGUAGCGCGACACGUGUUUAUUUACAUCCUCCCUCAGGACCAGAACUUGAACUUGCCUUAGACCAGAAUUCCUUCGAAAACAGAGCCAUGUGCCCCUUCAUGGGUGUUGGUACGCAACUCUCACCAGCUGUUUCAGCUCAUGUAUUUGUAUUUCUUACAAAAGUGUGCCUUUUUAAUGAAAUUUAUUGUUUAAUUAUUCAUGUUGGUGCUAUUGAACUUAGUAGAUUUGUAUAAAAUCAGCAUGUUUGUUGUCAUUUGUCUGUGAUGUGGCGGUGUUACAUGCCUUUCAAAUGUGUUAUUUGUAUUAAUGGUUGAUUGCAGAAGCCCAUAUCAAUUUUUAUCAUUUAUUUUACUCCAUUUUCCUGAGAUGACUGCUUUCUUGAGGUAGUUUUCUGGAUAUUUUCUCAACUUAUUUGUGUUGUCACAGAUGGCUUAAUCAUGAUAAGUAAUACUGUGGGGAUGUACAUGGAGCAAAGAUGAAAUUUUUUUUUUAUAAAGCUAAUUUUUCCUUGAAAUCUUGGACCUAAACUUACCCAUCAUUACUGGAAAUCCAGCAUUGGUAUCUCAAGAUAUUAAGAUCAGUGUAAAUCUAGACAAAAUAACUUUAAUUUACCAUUUUAAAAUAUAUUAACAAGAUAUUUUGAUAAGCAAGUCAAGAUUACAAAAAACAACUGCAAAUUGCAAGCUAUCAUGGGAGAAUGGAGAAAUCUAAAUUGUAUGGAUGCAAAACUUUAAGUCCCUUAAAAAAACAUAAAAACCCUCCUUUAUUGCUAACUUUGAGAAAGCCCUUAUCAAUACUAACAAUACUGUUAUUUAAUUAUAAAAGAUGGAGCAGUAUAACAAGACGGAGACAAAUAAAACAACAAUAAAGAAACAAAAACUUUAUUUGUUCCUAAUGUAAAUCAGUUUACCUGGUGUGUGAACAACACUGCAGACUGAAGUCUGUUAACAGAUCGUUACUGUCCUAUAAAACAUCUCUGCUUCCUUCAUAAACUCGUCAUGUCUUUGUUCCGUUAAUUUUUCUGUUGCCUAUGAGCAAACGCACCUGAAAUCAAGCCUUAAUCUCAAAGCACAGGCACACCUAGCAGGGGCUGUGGAGGCUAACGUCACAGUUUAAAUAGUUUCUGUAGUGAUUAAACUGUGGGGAUUGUUAGUUAAACAUCCAUACGUGCUCUGUAUCUGUACAUAGAGUCAUGUUAAAUUCACAGACUAAUGGUGCAGGUUUAUCAUGUAAAUAUAAUGUUCAUAAAUGUACAUAUUUGUUCUUCACUGUUUUCUGGUUUUAAUAUCGAUUUAGACUUUGUUGUAAACUUUGAACAUUUGAUGUAAAUAAAUAAAUGCUUCUAUUUAUUAUAGAA